GCAAACAAUAUUUUUGUUUUCAAACCAUUUGGUUUUACACACCGGUCUCAACCCAAAUAGUUUCUUUUGAAGCAUGGAGCCCUAAUUUAUUAUUCGAGCUUCUGAUCUCACGAUUUUCUCUCUCACUUCCCGGCUACCGACGGCGGUGGCAAUUUUUCUUCUACUGUAUCGUAAACGGUGUUGCUGUAUAUCUACCUCCCGUUUCUUCUGAGGAAAGGAUAAUCUAUUCGCAACUACAAAUGUUCAAGAACACCUUCCAGUCUGGUUUUUUAUCUAUUUUAUACAGCCUUGGGAGCAAGCCUUUGCAGAUAUGGGAUAAAGAAGUUGUUAAUGGCCAGGUCAAGCGUACACAAGAUGAAGACAUACAGUCAAAUAUCCUUGAAAUUGUUGGAACAAAUGUCCAGUCAACAUACAUAACAUGCCCAGCUGAUCCAGCUGCUACACUUGGUAUAAAGCUGCCAUUUUUGGUUAUGAUUGUGAAAAAUGUGAAAAAGUAUUUCACAUUUGAGAUUCAGGUGCUGGACGAUAAAAACGUCAGGCGCCGUUUUCGGGCAUCUAAUUUUCAAGCUAUGACUCGAGUUAAACCAUUCAUUUGCACCAUGCCUCUUCGGCUGGACGAGGGAUGGAAUCAAAUUCAACUGAAUUUAGCUGAUCUAACUCGACGUGCAUAUGGAACAAACUAUGUUGAAACACUACGUGUCCAAGUUCAUGCCAAUUGCCGUUUGAGAAGGAUAUAUUUCUCCGACCGUCUUUAUUCAGAGGAAGAACUGCCACCGGAAUUCAAACUUUACCUUCCAAUGCAGAAAAAAUGAUUUUUGUCCUAGAAAAGAGUAUCCUUGUUGCUCUUUUCAAACUACAAUUGUUAUGAGUAUCAACUUUCUAUCCGAUGUAGCCUAUCGACAUUCACAAACUACUCGUGUCGUGCACAUGGCCAACUUUGAAGGAUUAUAAUGUAUGGUUUCUUUUCCUUUUGUGAUGACUUGUAAUUUUAGUGCAUUGACUUCAUAUAUGCCCGUCUGUCCCGUGGUUUGGUUUGAAAA